UGAACUCGGGGUCGCCAUGGUUCGUAGCGCAUUCCUAACCAUUGCACCACCGCACGUCCCCCACGCCCACAAGCAAGCCACGACGUGUCGGCGAGUUCCUCCUGCAGCUGCGGUGGUGGUGGUGGUGGUCUAUAAAAGCCGGGUUCGGACUGAACAACGAGAGGCGGAACGAGAGCGGAGAGCGGCCGUGGUGGGAAAUCAAAAAGAAUCUCUCGCGAUGGCGUUUCGCUCAUUCGCUAUGUGCGCGCUGGUGGCGUCUCUCUGCGUCGUCCCACAAACGCGUGCCAAAGUGUUCGCACGAUGCGAUCUCGCGAAGACCCUGCACGCCAUGGGAGUGGAGAGCUUCGGGAAAGCCAGCCUGGGCGACUGGAUGUGUUUGGCUUUCGCCGAGAGUAGCUACAACACCGCGGCCACGCACCCCAACCCCAACGGCUCCACCGACUACGGCAUCUUCCAGAUCAACAGCAAGUGGUGGUGCGACAAUGGGACCAAGGGGCACAACGCGUGCAAGAUCAAGUGCUCCGAGCUCCUUGGAAGCGACAUCACAGAGUCCGUCACCUGCGCCAAGUUGGUUCUCAAGGAGCAGGGACUGGAGGCCUGGGAUGGCUGGAAGGCGAAGUGUCGUGGCAAGGACCUGUCGGCGUACGUGCAGGGCUGUAAACUCUCUCCGUGACACCGCCUCGCUCGCUCGCAGGAGGAGGAGGAGACGGCGGUUCUGGUCGAGAGACGCCGCUCGCCCAACGUCGCUGCUGGGUUCAUCUCGGCUCGCUCACAGCUUGCUUUAAAACACAAACAGACCGAAACAAAAUAAUCGGAAACAUUGCAUUGUUCACGCCACGGGAUAUUGACGAAGCCGAUCAGAAUGAUGUCAUCCGACAAUCUAUAGCGCGGGUAAUCGGAAUAUGUAUGUAUAGUGGAAGGAAUCCGAUGAGCUGUGAAGCUCUUUGGCCACAGAUGUCCAGUCGAGGCACGGGGUCAGAACGUCACAACAACGACUGAUACAAACGCACGAUAGGAGUGCACAGUAUAAGAAAGGUAAACAAAUUACUUGAGCAAUACAUACAAAGAAACGAAACUUUUUAGGUAAAGCGUGCGCUCAGAGGCCUAUGGACGCCGCGGUGGCUAGGAGAUGUUGACUACCUCGCCAGGUUUACAGGAGGUCGUAGGUUCGAUCCACGACCCUGACGCCUGCUGCUGUAUUUUUGCGCGUCUCUCUCCCGAUGGUGGCAUGGAUUUUUCUCACGCCCUUUAGAGUAUUUGGUUUCUAUACAUUUCCACAUGAUCAUGAUGAUGAUGAUGACAAUUAAGCCACUUCGUUGGGCUAUCAUUUGUGGUGGGCCAGGUCGCCUCUGAAAAAAAAAACUAAUUCUUACCGAGUAAAGCAAAACACAUCAUGUGGUCCCCUGGUGCUAAUUACGACGUCACUCGCCACUGCACUACACCACACCGAUAAUUGGGGCAUCGUCUAUUAUCGAAUGGUAACACCACCAUACAUAGCCAGUCCUUGGGGUCUAUCCACUCACUGCUGGAUGAGGGCUCCAUGCCCCACAAGGCGUGCGAGUCGUGGUUGUGUGGUGGGGUGGGGGUAUUCGACCGUACUUCACCACGCCUGUUAAUGUAACCAGCACGAUAGCACCUGUUAUGCACCCAUCCGCAAGCACUGUCCGGUCUGUAUAAUUACAAAUUGUGUGUUUUUUAAAAUAUAUUUGCUGCUUUAGAUAAUUUUCUAAUUGCGUGCGUUCAUUAUGUCGCGUGUAACUACCAAUAAACCAAUCGCAUGUCGCUAUGAGCAAUGC